GUUUUUAUGUCAAAACCACCUAUGUAGUUUUGACCACAAAUGCACCGGAUGUGUAUAACAGGAUAUUACAUACUUAGGUCUAUGCAGUUUCUUUGCAACAGAUUCUUAUCGCGUAGCAAUUGCAACAUUUUUCCAUAAUCCAGAUUACAAAGCACACAAUUUAUUUAAGUUUAACAAAUAUGUGAAGCAACAACUCUAUCGAAUCUUCGAGAGAUAAGUAUAAUUUAUUAUAUAUAUUUUUACACGGAAAUUACAAUGGACAAGAAAAGGUGCAUAUGGCCGGAUAGCAAAAGGUGUUUGCUUAUUCAAAAAUUUGUUACUUUGGGGAUGUUUGUAAUACUGACAUCCACCCAGAUAUGGGCGAUAUCCAAGAACCGGAUUAAUUUCACGGCCAUGAGUACUGGUUUCGUCAUCAAUUACGUCGUAUGCUUAACAUUUCAUUACGUAGAAGUCGCACUGAUCGCCAUUUUAGACAGGGCUGUACAGAAGAAAUCACUGUAUCUUCUCCGCUGCUGGUAUUUGGCUCGGAAUGCCGUCUUUUCUGUAGAGGUCACCAUCAGCAUGACCCACACACAGCUUUACUUUGGCAAGUUGGAACCACAAUAUCCAAUCAGUGGCGUUAUGCCCACUACGAUUUACUGGAUUUGGGGUUGGUGGGCUUAUCUCGUGUUCGACAUGAUUUGUCUUAUUGUUCACAUAGUGGAACUAGAAGCAAAAGAAAGCAAAUGUUGGACAAUUUUUAGACAAGCGAAUAUUGGACGUAUCAUUUAUGCUCAGGCUCUAUUUUAUUUUAUUCCAUUGCUCCAUUAUAUUUACAUACACAGUUAUCAAUUUGUGGACGCAUUCCUAAAACCAGUAGACAAGAGGCCGGAAAAAAUACUGCUCGGAAUGUAUGCUGCCAAGGUGCUUCUCCUACUCCUCCUAUUUCCACUGUCAUUCAUUAUCUACAGAGGAAUCCAAGAGCGUGACAUUUCAAAAGUCGCAAAGUUCUACGUACUGAACUACAUACUCGUCUACCCCAUGGUUUUAAUGGUGAACAUUCGAAGCUUCCUUGAAGGAAAAGAUGCUGACAACUCAUUCCUCACGUUUUUAAUUGAAAUGGUUUAUUACUUUAUUCAAUACCAAAUCCUCAACUUUCUCGUGAUCGAGUUAGUCAUCCAGUUCAAACUUCCAACUCCUAAAUUCGUGGAUUUAGAAACAAUGGGAAAAGAAUUCCACAAACUUCGCGUUAAAGAAAACCAAGCCUUUUUCAAUUCGGUUCGGAUUUCAGCGAGGGAUUUGAAACUCUGCGACGAACCGGAAGUAGGACGAGGACAAUUUGGCAAGGUUUACAAAGGCGUUCUUUUCGAGCGACAGAUGUUUCCGUGGAUUCAGUCGUGUUUCAUGAAUCGUGUCCCGCAACAAUUCGUGGCCAUUAAAGUUCUCAAGCAGGUCGAAGGGUUGGAAUAUGCAAUGGCUGUUAUGAAGGAGUUGACCAUUUUGAGAAAAGUCGGGAGCCACAGGCACCUCGUGAAGUUUCUGGGAUGUUGUACUUGGACGGAGAAAAAGUCAGAUUUUAGUGGAAUUGUCCUCGAGUAUUGUGCAUCGGGAUCACUCAUGGAUUACUUGAGAUCUAUUGAUGAAAAUGGGGAUAUUGACAAGAGAGAAUUACUACGGUUUUCUAAAGAGACGGCAGAAGCAAUGGUUUUCUUGGCGGAUAAGAAGAUCGUCCACGCAGACCUGGCCACAAGAAAUAUUCUCUUGGAUGGAGAAAGACGCGUUAAACUUUCUGAUUUUGGAAUGUCGCUUCAGCUCUAUUAUUAUCAGGUGUAUCAAACCAGCAUAGCCGAGGUAUUUCCUUUCCGCUGGAUGGCGCCAGAAAGCCUUUCUGAGCUGCAUUUUUCGACCAAGACGGACUCGUGGACUUUUGGCGUGGUCUUGUGGGAAAUUUGGACCUUGGGUGCGACGCCGUUCGUCGAAUGGCAGUGGAGUUCGAAUUUCGUGAAAGCAAUUAUUGGAGGACUGAGGCUUGAAAAGCCAGAGCUGGCUAGCGACCUUAUGUACCACAUAAUGAGACAUUGUUGGCAAGUGAAUCCAGCGAGCCGACCAGAUUUUCCUGACCUUUUCAUGAGAUUGAGCGCAUUAGCAUAUCACGAUGUCCAGGAUAAGAGUCAUAAUUUUAGUUACGAUAAGCGAAACACACGAUACAAUGUGUAGAAAGCUAUGUACAUAUGAGCACUAAAUUUUCAAAACCAUAGUCUAAUUAUCUAUAUUUAGCUAUUAAUUAUGUUGAAUGUUUUACUCCGCAUUUCGUAUUUUCCAUACGACUACUUAAUAAGUAUGGUUAGUUAACUUAAUAAUGCAAUUUUUUUGACAAAUACUAAUGUUAAAUAUGAGCCAUCAACUAUUUGCUAUUAUGCGAAUUUAUUAAUUCAUUAAACUAUUUAGCAUCGCAUCUAUAUUAUAAAUAACUGCAAUUUAUUGAUAAGUAUUUCAUUUUACAUCUAAAUAUAUGUAUACGAUCAAUACAAAUUUAUGGAUGUUAAUUUCUCUACAACUAUUAAUCGAAUAACAAAUUUAGCACUACAAAUUAUUUUAAAAUACAAAGUGUGAAAAAAUAUAAAGUAAUUUUAUUUGCAUUAAUCAGCAAAAGUCAUAAUAUGAAAAGAUCCCAAUACAAACCUUCUCACUCAUCUCGCUCUCCACUCGAUGUCGGAAUCAGCAUAUUCGUGAAACUGUAAGCCAAGGAGGACCAGGAAGCAUUGGGAAUUCCAACUUCUGCAUGAAGAAAAUUAUAAAUUACAAUUACUAAACGCUUCUUCAAUCAGAAUGUACAUAUUUUCAGACUAAAAACAACUAAUUUAUCCGUACCUCUUUGAACUUGAAGAAACCAAAGGUCAUAUUCGAAAGCCGAGCAAGACUUGAAACACUGGUCCCUCAAUUUCGUGCUGAACGUUCCACCCAAAAAUGUGUACUCCUCUCCAACCUGAGACGAAAACACAAAUUAUGUUACAAAUUAUUUUACAAAUUAUUUUACAAAUUAUACGCGCAUAUGCAAAACAAGUCAAAAAUCGGAAGAGUUGAAUCAUCAAUUUUAAUUAAGUAAAAACGUCUUAACUCACCUUAUACUCAUUUUUUACGUCUUGAUAUGAAUGACCAAUGGAAA